AUGUCCUCCCCCAAGAAGACAACCCCUGCCAAUGACAAGGACGUCAUUGCAAUGGCGGGCCUCCAGCCAAGGGAACUCAAGUUCCUGCUGCUUGCUUAUCUGUCCAGUGACUCUCCUGGCAAGAAUGAUAUGGAGAUUCUGAGCUCAAUCACCGGCACAAAUCUUCAGAUCACCACCUUGAUCUUCCGCACCGCCAUUCGCAAGCUGCGACUGGCCUACAACGAGGCCCUUGAAGAGGCAUCAGUUGAGGAGAAGCCAAUUGUGGCCAACGGCGAGAAUCAUGACGACAAGCAUGACAAGGAAGAUAACCAGGGAUAUGGCCAGGGAGAUGACAACGACAACGGUGACUCCUAG